CUCGUAGUACCGCAAUGCAUUAUUAAACCCAGGCUCUCCGACCAUUAUUGUACCAGCAGCUCCAGUUCAGACUUCAGAGAAAAGCCUGCAGCAGAGCAGGGAUGGGCUCAAAGCAGCAACCGGCGCUCAGGCCGACCUCCGCCGGCAGAGGCUGCGACGGCGACGGCAGGGCGGCGUCGAUGAGUGAGCGGUCGAGCGUGACGAACGCGUCCUUCAGGGUGUACUACAGCCUGCGCGCCGGCGCCGUGCCGUUCCUCUGGGAGUCCGUGCCCGGCACGCCAAAGAGGGGCACGGCCGACGUCUCAUCACCGGGAACAGAGUCGCCCCCUGCCACCACAGGGGCGACUGGUGGUGCCACGCUGCUGCUUCCACCCCUCUCGCCGCCGCCGUCGUACCAGUCGCCGUUGCAGCGGAAGGGGAGGAGGUCGUCGUGUACGGCGGAGGCGGGAGGCAUCGUGAGGGCUCUGCUCGGCGUGCUUGGGCUCAAGAAAGGCCACCGCCGGCGUCCUUCCUCGUCGUGUCUUUGAAUUGUCGACGUUGCUACUUUUGUUUGCUGUAAUGCAUACGUACAUGCUUGAUUUCUAGAAAGAAGAUUUGAUCGUUAAACAUCACUACUAUUAUUAUUAUUUAUUUUUUAGAAUAAACAUAACUAUUAUCAGCAGCUAAAAGCUCUUUAGUUUUAUUAGGGCGUGUUAUGAAGUCUGACAACUUCUGAAAA